AUGGGAGCUGAUUAAAGUGAUGCAAAUGAAAUGAAGACUUAAUAAUAGUACUAAAUGUUUUUAUUGUAAUAUUCAAAAGAAAGAGAUUCUGAUCAUAACUAAUUUGGGUUAGUUAAGUUAUACAAUCAUAAUCAAGUAAAUAAUCUGUUAGAAUUAGAAUAAUUCUAUGAUUUGUAUUAAGAAAUUUUAAACAAAAAGUGAUACUGAAUUAACAUAGAUAACAAACCAUUUAAGAAAAAGGAAAAUUUUUGUACAUCCUAAUUUAGUACAAUUAUUAGCUGUGAGAACAAGCAAUGAAUAAUCAAUUUGUUCUGAUUCAAGUUUAGUUAUGGUUGUUUCAGAGUUUUUUCCAGAUACAUUAUAAAGUGAAUUAAAAAAGAGAAGGUAACCACUUAAGAGAUAUCCUGAAUCUCAUAUUUGGCUAUUGAUCUAAUAAAUUGUAGACCCUUUAGCAUUUUUAGAAGACUAGAAGUAAGUUCAUGGAGAUAUCCAGCCUUAAAAUAUAUAUUUGGAUGAGACUGGAAGUGUAAAGUUGGCAGAAUAUAAUUAUUUUCCUGGAGGUUAGUAUGGAUUUCAGAAGAUGCUUUUAAGUAAGGAUAGAGCCUACCUUUCUCCAAUCUUAUUGAAUAAUUAUAGAAAUAUGAAUUUUAAAGCACAACAUAAUGAAUAUAAAAGUGAUGUAUUUUCAUUUGGAAUGACUUUAUUGGAAGUUCUACUCUUAGAAGAAUCUUAUGAUUGUAUGGAUUUUCAGAAUGGAUGCAUAAUAUAAAAUGUUAUUGAUUCAAAACUAUAAAAAGUAAAGAUAUCAAAUUAUUCAUAAUUAUUAACAAAUUUUGUAAGAGAACUAAUACAAAUUGAAGAAAAAUUAAGGCCAAGCUGGAAUGAUUUGAAAUAGGUAAUCGAUUAAUUUAGAGAUAAAAUAUGCAAUUUGAUUCCAUUUUAUCAAGAAAAACGUCAAAUGUCUCCUACAAAAUUAGUUUAUUAAUCAACCUACAUACCUCAACAACAUAUAUUGAGCUCACCUUAAUCAAAAAUACUAAGCUCUCCUAGAUAGCCAUAAAUGUUAUAUCAAACUUAUCUUCAACCAUAACCAUUAUAUUAGACUAAACAAAUGUAACCAAUACCUAUGCAAUAAUCUAUAUAUUAUGAAUCUGGCUAGAAAUAAGUACCAAUUAAGAAGAUAACUAAAUUAGAAGAUACAGUAUCAAAAUAAGUGUAAUAACCAGAAAAUAAUUCUGAAAAGACUACUUUAAAAUAAUCUGAAACUAAAUGA